CAGGUUAACUUGGUUUCUUUCUUUAUAGCUGUCAGCUGUGUAAACAAUGAGAAAGAGAGGAAAGAAUCUGAAGAAGGAUAGGAAAAACCUGAAGAGAAGGUUCCGUGAAGAAGAUGCUGAACUGGAAGAGAUGGACGAUGAUAUAGAUGCCUUUCAUAAACAGCGAGACAUUGUCCCGUUGGAUAUUAAUGCUGAUGUUGGGGAUUCAGAUGAAGAUGAUGAGCAGCCGGUGUUUGAUUUUGAGGAUGAGGAGGAUAGUGAUGACGAUGAUAAGGAUGAGGAUAGUGAUGACGAUGCUCACAUUACUGGAUUUGCUGCAAAAAUUGUAAGGCAACAGAAAUUUUUACGAGCAAAGUUUGGUGGUGUUGAUGAUGAAAUGCAUGAUGCUGAUCAAGAUGGGGAAGAGGAAGAGGAAGAGGAAAGGGUUACAUGGGGUGGAGUGAGAAGGAGAUAUUAUAAUGCCGAUAAUACUGAUUUUGAGUUGCAAUCAAGUGAUGAUGAGUCCCUUGCGGAAGAGGAGGCUGAGGCAUUACGGUUGCAGAGGAAAGCAGCAGAAUCUUUGACUAUGGCGGAUGUGGGCCUUGGAGAUGAGAAUCAAGAUGAAAGCGACAAAGAAUUAACCUUAGAGGAAAUAUCUAUAAAAGGAAAAGGCGCAACAAAAUACACAGCGAGUAAUGAAGCGAAUGAUGAGCUGGGUAGAACUUUUGAAAAGGUCAAGAAAGAUAUCAGUUCCUUGUCAAGGGAGGAGCAAAUGGAUGUUGUAUACAGUUCUGCACCUGAACUGGUUGGUUUGAUGUCAGAGCUAAAUGAUGCACUUGAGCAGCUUGAGAACAAAAUAAACCCUCUGUUGAUUAAGGUUCAGAGUGGGGGAAUUGCACUUGAGGGUGGAAUGCGAUAUCUUGAGGUUAAGCAGCUUCUUUUGCUUUCAUAUUGCCAAGCUAUAGCCUUCUAUCUUCUUCUCAAGUCAGAGGGGCAAUCGGUUUGUGAUCAUCCUGUCAUUGCUCGUCUUGUUGAGAUCAAGGGCUUAUUAGAUAAGAUGAAAGAACUUGACGGGAAUCUUCCUUCUGAAUUUGAGGAGAUUCUAAAGAAAAACCUUGGUGCUGAAGCAGUGGGGAAAUUGGCUAACGAGAGUGCUGCCAUAGCGUCUGAUUCUGUCACAAAAGGGCCCUGUCCCCUCUCUUGCCAUAGCCAAACUCAUGAUGCCAAUGUAAUAACAAAGUCUUUGAAGGAUCUCAAGAACAAAGGAGAGAAAAGGAAGUUCCAGGAUAAUCAGGUUGGUGUUCAGAGCAUGAAAAUGUUAAAGAUCAGAGCUGCUCUGGAGGAAAAUUUGAGGCAGAGAGGACUAUUUAGUUCAAUUCCUUCAAAGCCUGAAAAAGUUGAGAAAAAGAUGAAAUCAGUCAAUGGAAAACUAGAAACAUUUGAUGACUUUGAUGAUGAUGCAAUCAAUGUUAAGGGUGGUUCUUAUGGAUUGCAAAAUAGGCAUGCCGAUUCUUUGCAGUCUAAUAAACUGUCUGCUUUCGUUACUGCAAAACCAAACAAGCCUAAGGUUGUUUCUGGUGAUGACGAUUUACCUAAGAGGGAUGAUAUUGGAGAAAGGCGGAGAAAACAUGAACUAAGAGUAUUGGCUGGAGCUGGAGUAAUGUCACAGGAUGAGGUUGACCACGAAGCUCGGAAUCUGGGAUCAGAUUAUGAUGCUAUUGAUGAAGCUGGAAUUCUUGGGUCAGGUGAUGAUCCUGAAAUGACGAAUAGUGAUGCAGGGAGCUCAGAAGAUGAAUUUUACAAACAAGUAAAGAAACAUCGUGAUGCAAAACUUGCUGCCAAAGCUGAGAUCUACACAAGGACUUCAUCUGUCCCCUCAUUGUCUGAAAUUGUAGACGGGAAGCGGUUGAUCACUUCUCAGAUGGAAAAGAAUAGAGGCUUGACACGAAAACGCAAGAAGCAUCUUAAAAAUCCAAGGAAGAAAUACCGGACUAAACAUGAAGUUGCAGUUUCCCGGCGCAAAGGACAGGUGCGAGAUGUCAGGAAACCUAUUGGUCCUUAUGGUGGAGAGUCGACUGGUAUUAAUGCAGGAAUCAGCAGAAGCGUUAGAUUCAAGAACUGAUACUGUCGGUGUGAUCAAUUUUGUAGUAAUUGAAUUGUUAAAUUAAAAAUAUCGAACACGAUGGUAUUUUACAAGAGUUAAUGAACAAUGUCCAUGAGAGGGAAUAUUAUCAUAAGCUUUAGCUUGUAAUAUUUUUUUGCUAAUGGACAAAGGUAGUUCCUGAA